AAUCUGAAGCUCGGGGGUUGGUGAGAUGUUCUCUAACUACCAGCACGAAGUCUAGUAGGCUGAGGGAUCUUCUUGCUGUUGUGCGGCGUUUGUGACCGUCAUACGUCAGAUCCUUAUUCGCAUCUUAGUCUUUAAUUUCGCCGAUUUUCAACCUUCACGGUUUCAUAUUCUCAGGAUCUACGUUCUCAGCGAAGGCUAAGACCAUGGCAUCUGGUUAUGGCCGCUCACCCUACGACUCCGUCCGCCAGUUCGACUCACAGCCUCCCUCUCGCAGCGGCUACGAUUCCUUAGAUCGUGACCGUCCAUCCGCUCAUGCCUCCUAUCGCGAACGGUCCCGAUCGCCUCGCCGAUCUGACUCUCUCGCCGGCGCGUCCCGGGAUCGCGACCGUUACGGUGUGACGGACCGGUCCGGAUUCGCCGGAAGGGACCGGGAGCGCGAACGGGACAGAGACGCCGGCCGAUCGUACGAUCGCGACAGGGACAGGGACAAGGACAGCUAUCGCGACCGCGAUCGUGAGAAGGAUUCUUCUCGCGAAAGGGAGAAAGAUCGCGACAGAGGCGACGGUCGAGAUCGAGUCUCAGGAUUCAGCGACCGUUACGAUUCCGCUGGCCGGAGCAGCAGCGGCGCUUACCGUGACGACAAGUACGACCGUGAUCGUGACGACCGGUACGAUCGCGAACGUGACGACCGGUACGGUGGCGUGGCCGGCAGCAGGUUCGGCGGCGGCGGGCCCAUGGGGAUGGGAGGUCCGCCGUUAGGUCCGCGCGGGAUGGGGGGCCCGGGAGGAGGUCCGGGAAUGAGCGACCGGUGCAACGCGUGCGGCGGCGUGGGGCACUGGGCGCGCGAGUGCCCGAGCAAGUUCGGCGCGCGAGGCGGGUUCGGCGGGAGGUUCGGCGACGACGGGAUGGGGCCCAAGUGCUACGAGUGCGGGCGGAGGGGACACGUGGCACGGGAGUGUCAGUUCAAGCAGGGCAAUCCCGACGGCCCCAUAGAGCAGCGCUGCUACGUCUGCAACGAAGUGGGCCACAUCGCCCGGGAUUGCCCCGCCAAACCACCUCUCGGUGCCCCCAUCGGCGCCUUAGGCUCGGGCCGAGCCGGGCCCGGGUUCGGCCCAGGCUCGGAGUUUGGCCAGGACGGGUGCUACUACUGCGGCAGGAAGGGGCAUUUCGCGCGGGAAUGCCCGGAGAAAUUCGGCGGCGGAGCGCCAAUGAUGCCCCCAGCAGCAAUGGCGGCGGCAGCAGCGGCGGCGGCGGGGCUAGGCCCGGGCAUGCAGGACCGCUGGAUGGGGGGCAUGGCGGGGGGAAUUGGCGCGUUCCGCCCGGGUUUUCCGCCAGGGAUUGCGGCGUUUGGCGCGCCCAUAGGGACGGGGUUUCCGCCGCAGGUGGUGCGGCCGGCGGGCGACGGCUGCUAUGAGUGCGGCGAGCCGGGGCACUUCGCGAGAGAGUGUCCCGCACGGUCGCGGCGGUUUGCAGAGCGAGCAGCGGUGGCGGCGGGGGCGGCGGGGAUUGCAGUGGCAGGGACCGGGGGCGAGGGGCGGCGCAUUGCUUCCAAGGACAAGGCUAGGGACGGGGACAGCAGUGAGGAGAGGGAGGAGGAGGGCAGGAGGCGCGGCGGGAGGGAGAAGGAGGCAGAGGGACGAGACGAGGGCCGAUGGGGGUCGCGGUAUGAGGAUUAGCAUAUUUUUGUCGAAUAACAACGAACAUUCUCGACUUUGUUAGGGCGAGGAACUUUUACAUUUGAUAAUGAGGACCUGUUCUUUCUACAAUGUUUUCACACAUAAUCGCCCACGAAGAACUUGGCUGAUUUCGUUGAAUGUCG